UGAGUCUUCGAGAAAACAUGGCGACGUCGUCUCAGUUACCUGGCCCCAUUUCACUUCCAACUAGAAGAACUGUUCAGAAACAACUUUAUCUUUCUAAGAACGAAUGCGAAUGAGAUGAACAAAUGACGGGCCCUAAAGAAGGAAAAUCGGACGAGUUUUCCUCGGGGGAAGACGAGGAAUCUUUGAGGGAGCUGAAACAAGCGGUUCAGUCUUCUAAUAGAGGAGCAAAAAGGAUCAAAAAGAAAAGUUCCCUUGCUGAACUGUGCACAAUAAAUGGAGUGAAGUUUGACAAGCUGCAGAAAGGAUCCGGAAAGAAUGUCACCAAGUUGGAGAUGUUCUUCUCCGGGUUCCCUAAGAUUAUCGGCAUGGAGUACUUUCCAAACCUCCAAAGCCUGACACUGAUGGGACAGCAGAUUGCAAUACUGGAGAAUCUUGACUGUUUACCAAACCUGACAGAGUUAUGUGUGUCAGAAAGCAAACUUACUACCAUCUCUGGUCUCAAUGGCUGUAAACAGUUGAAGAAGCUGCUAUUGUAUGACAACAAGAUUUCUAAAAUAGAAAAUAUUUCACAUCUGGAGCAGCUCAAUGUUUUGUGGCUCAACAACAACAAGAUCAGUAGAAUAGAGGGUUUAGAAGGGCUUCUUUAUCUUCUUGAUCUGAACUUGGCUGUAAAUCAGAUUACAGAAAUAGGAAACUCUCUCAAUGGAAACUUCAACCUGAAAACCUUAGAUCUGUCUGCAAAUCAGAUUGCAUCUUUAAAGGAUCUAACAAAUUUGUCUCAGCUGCCUUGUCUUGAGUCCCUAAGUCUUAAGGACCCUGUGUAUGGACCCAACCCAGUGGCAUUACUGUGCAACUACUCCACACACCUUCUGUACCAUCUUCCUAAUCUACGUCGUGUGGAUUCCUACAGUGUGGAAAACAAGACACUGAAGGAUUUGGCUGAGACCACAGUUGUAAAGAAAAAGAUGUACUACAACAUGAGGGUGAAAACACUACAGAGGAACAAAGCAGACUUGCUUUUCAGACUGGAGACAGAGAAGGCAGUUCUUCAGGCCGACCCGAAGAACAGGAUGCAUAAACUGUUUUCAGCAGUCAAAGAUAUAGAAAGAGAGGUUGAAGAAGGAGGUGAAGGUCUGUUGUUGUCUUUCAAAGAAAACAAGAGUCCAAUCAGCCCUGCUGCUGGUGAUGAAGACACAAUGGAAAACAAUGAAGAUCAAGGGAAGAUGGCUGCUGAUACUGUGAUGUAUUCCCAGAGAUUACAACAGAAGAAGGAGGCCCUGCUGAAAAGAAUCGCAAAGCUACAGAAACAGUGGGAUGAGAUUGAUCAAUGUCAUCAGGAAAGCUGUGAGCAGGUGAACAAUGUGUCAGAGAUGACAGUACAGCGGCUGCUGCUGGAGCUGGAGACUGGUGGAAAUGUUCGCUUUGAGGACGGCAAACCAGCAGAUCCUUGGUACAAGUCGUGUCAUGAUCUGGUGUUGUCAAGAUUCUGUGUUGGAGAUUAUCUGGGUGCAGGAAUUUCUGGAAUUAAAGUGCACAGAAUCACAAGAGUGCACAACAGAAUCUUACGAACAAAAUUUGAUGACAAACUCGAUCAGAUUCUGGACCGGGAUGACAUUGUGGAAUUAACCAAGGGGAGAUCUUACAAGCGUCUGUUAGAGUAUCUAUUCUUCAUGUGGGACCCGUCUCUACUCAGCGGAAACAAUGAACCAAUCAGAGUGUUGGAGGAAGGAUUCUGCCCUGCAGCUGUUUACGAAAGCUUGAAUGAGGAUGGUGGUGUUCCACUAGCCAACAGUGUGAGUGUGAGCGAUAAACUACGAGUUGAUUUUCUCAAAGCAAAAGCCAGGCAAAGAGGAAGCACCGACCAAUGCCCAUUUAGACAUGGUAAGGACCAACUUAGGUUGUCUACACCAAACAAACUUGGCAAACGCUCCGCCAUGUUCUCCUUUCAGAGCUUGAAUGAGGAUGGUGGUGUUCCACUAGCCAACAGUGUGAGUGUGAGCGAUAAACUACGAGUUGAUUUUCUCAAAGCAAAAGCCAGGCAAAGAGGAAGCACCGACCAAUGCCCAUUUAGACAUGGUCAGCUAAUUGUAGCUAAAGUUUUUGUUGGGAAGGUCGUACCUGCGAAAAAUGGCAACAAAAUCACCAGAUCUGUGUACCGAGGAGCCGACUCUGUAUUCCGAUCUCAGAAGCAUGAGAACUGUCCGAGCAGGCCUGGGUCGACACUGAAGAGACCGAUUGCGGACACGAAUUGCGAGUGCAGCGCGCGGCAGUGCGCGUGGUACGUGUUCGAUCACGAGAUGGUACUACCUGAAUACGUGGUUGACUUUGAGUACAUCACUAAGGUGAAGCCCAAGUCCUCUUUUAUUUAUUAUUAUGGAGAGAUGAGCAGUACAAGUUCUAAACAGGGAGCUAACCCUGACGAAGAAAAGGAAGAGAUCAUUGAUGGAGAUGUUUUAAACAUGGAGCCGGUGAUUCCUUCAAGACCAAGGUUAAUUGCCUUAACGGAAGAACUGUUGUACAAGAGGUGUCAAGUGGAUUCGCUUGAGCACAUCCUGUGCUUGAAUCUCCAUGGGAACGGUCUUAGUCGACUCCAGCACGUGAGCUGUAUGACGGCGCUCAAGAAACUGACAGUCAGCUUCAACGAACUGACCCGAUUGGACGAAAUCGGUCACAUGAUUUUCCUGGAGUAUCUUGAUGUCAGUUUUAACAAAAUCACUACCUUGGAUGGACUGAAGGGCUGUAGUCGUUUGAAGCAUUUAGACGUGAGCUGGAACCAACUGAUUCACACCCGAGAGGAACUAGGCAUUAUGAGAAAACACGUGAUCACGCUUACUUACCUGGAUACACGUAACAAUCCAUGGCAGAAGCCAGAGACGUUACGAAUGCGAGCGCUUGGAAGACUGAAAAAUCUCGAAUACCUUGAUGGCAUUCAAGUCACUGAUGAGGAAAUGACGACAGCUUUAAAGAUGGCGGCCGCCUCCCGCCCUUCUUCCUUCGCUAUCCUUGCGCAUGCUCGCACAGAUCAGAACAAACCGCGCACAUUGAGCCUAGUACCCACUGCCCAAGCUAUCCUGGCGAGCAGUCUGAAUAAACCUGUAAAGUUACAAGACGAUGAUAGUCAGUGGUUUAUCAAGGUUACAACCGUUAAUCUUGAUAAUCAACAUCUUGGAAAGUUAGCUAACAUGGAACAACUAGAAAACUUGCGUUGGGCUUCGUUCAACAACAACGAUCUUACAAAAAUCGAGGGCCUCGAGUGUUGUGUUCAUUUGGAGGAGCUUUCAAUUGAAAACAAUUGUAUCAGCAAGUUUGAAGGUUUAAGCAAGCAGUCUAAGUUAUCAUGGCUAAGUCUUGCUGGUAACCGACUCAGUUCCCUUGACACUGGGAUCUUGGAAAAACUACCACUGUUGAGAUAUUUAUCUGUGGAAAACAACGUCCUUAUGAACGCUUAUUUGUUCUCUCGGAAAUCUCUGAUGAUUCGUUUAACCAUAUUUCCUUUCUUUCUCAGGCUGACUCCAGAUUUUAUCGCUGAACGGUUAGGACACUCCAAUUUCUCCGAGCUGAGAGAGCUUGACCUACCUCACAACUCGCUAAGAACUGUGGACCUGGGAACUAAAGACGCGUUCAUCAAUUUACGAAGUGUGAAUCUUGAACAUAACUCCUUGACUUCAUUUGGUGGCUUGGUGAACCUCAUCAAUCUCAAGGUCCUCUGUCUCAACCACAAUCACAUCGAAUGCGUGGUCGCAAAGCCUAAAGCUACAUCACCCGCCAAUGCACCAAAACGAGGCGGUGACAUCACCUUGGCAGCAGAGAUCACCAACCCAGAGAACUUCACCCCAGUCCUCCCCAAUCUUGAGGUUCUGCACUUGGGAUACAACGGUAUCACGAAUAUGGCGGCCCUUCAGUUGUCAAGGCUGACUAACUUAAGAGCUCUGUUCUUACAGGGGAAUGAUAUUAGCAAAGUGGAAGGCCUUGAAGGACUUCAACAACUUAGAGAACUUGUAUUGGAUCGAAAUAAGAUCAAGAAUAUUUCCAGCACAUCAUUUGUUAGUCAAUGGAACGUAACCGAAUUACAUAUGGAAGAAAACAGGUGGGACGAAAUAGCAGAGUUAGAAAGACUGGAGUGCUUGAGACACCUUGUUGAACUGUCUGUUAUCAACAAUGCGGUGACUCGGCGACUUCUUCACAGACCUCUGCUGGUUUACCGUAUGCCCAACCUUUUGUGUAUUGAUGGGAUCCCUGUGUCAAAUGACGAAAAGACCAAGGCUGAACUGUACUAUCUUGAACAACAGAGUGGAAUGCAAAGUAUGACGUCAGCACUGGAGCCUAGUCUCCCAGGAAUCGUCACAACACGUUCGCAGGCCCCGCUUCGAGUAACCACAGUCCAGCUGAGUAACACCACAGACCGUAAUUUAGCCAGCACUGGGCUCAGACAAGACUUCCCUAAUGGUCCUUUACUGAGGACGUUUGAACAACAGCAAGACAAAGCGCGUCGUCGCGGGGGAAACGCGCGUGGAACCUCGAGUCACUCGCUACAAACCCUGUCGACGUCCGACUCCUCCCACAGCCUGUCAGGAGACAGGUAUGGACGUACUUCCAGUAGCCUUAAUCCUCAACAGUCGGGCCUUAUCAGCAGGCAGCCCCAGACCUCCUCGUCCGUGCCCUACAUAGCGCACGGGUCUUACUCACCUUAUAACAUGAACGGCGACGUCACUGAUAUCAGCAGUCAUCAGUCUCCUCCCGUCUCUAAUCAAAGACGAGACGCCAGGGAAAUAGCAGAGUUAGAAAGACUGGAGUGCUUGAGACACCUUGUUGAACUGUCUGUUAUCAACAAUGCGGUGACUCGGCGACUUCUUCACAGACCUCUGCUGGUUUACCGUAUGCCCAACCUUUUGUGUAUUGAUGGGAUCCCUGUGUCAAAUGACGAAAAGACCAAGGCUGAACUGUACUAUCUUGAACAACAGAGUGGAAUGCAAAGUAUGACGUCAGCACUGGAGCCUAGUCUCCCAGGAAUCGUCACAACACGUUCGCAGGCCCCGCUUCGAGUAACCACAGUCCAGCUGAGUAACACCACAGACCGUAAUUUAGCCAGCACUGGGCUCAGACAAGACUUCCCUAAUGGUCCUUUACUGAGGACGUUUGAACAACAGCAAGACAAAGCGCGUCGUCGCGGGGGAAACGCGCGUGGAACCUCGAGUCACUCGCUACAAACCCUGUCGACGUCCGACUCCUCCCACAGCCUGUCAGGAGACAGGUAUGGACGUACUUCCAGUAGCCUUAAUCCUCAACAGUCGGGCGUUAUCAGCAGGCAGCCCCAGACCUCCUCGUCCGUGCCCUACAUAGCGCACGGGUCUUACUCACCUUAUAACAUGAACGGCGACGUCACUGAUAUCAGCAGGACCAAAAGUAAUCGAUUCAAGUAGAGGGCAAAUGAGGAAUCACCUCUCGUCAACACCUGCCGUGGUCACGUGGCCCAAGAGACGAAGAGUUCUGACUAAGGACGCAUACACCGCAAAUGGAAGCCAAAAGAAGUUUGGUCUCCACAACUCAAAGUGCAUAAAAAAACAGACAUAGCGUGGUUCAGAGCACUCGCCAUUUCUUUGCUGUUGUAUCCCAUUUAGUCAUCAGUCUCCUCCCGUCUCUAAUCAAAGACGAGACGCCAGGGUCGGGUUGCUAGAAAGCUGGUUAGCGCUAACCCAGGAUUAAAAGUUAACCGAAGUAUAAAAAUUCCUUGUACAAAAUUUUUUUUUUACUGCUUAGGUUUUGUUUAGUUUGAGAUUAUUCAAACCCAAAACUGAGGAACAACACGAUAUAAACAGAAAACCUAACCAAAAAGCUACAAAACUGGAAUGAAAAUUCUCUCAAAUCCUGGGUUACGUUAAUCGGGCUUUGAAAAACUCGACCCUGGGUAUAAAAGACAGUCGGAAUAGGGAGACUGGGGCAUUUAAGAUUGUUCUAACAAUUUUAAGGAAUUGUUUCUCCAGUCUGUAAAUAACGUUUUUUUGUCAUAGUUGUCAGCUUGGAUAAAACCUUGUAUUUAUACUUUUAUUGUCCGUCUUACCCUUCCGUGAUGUUUUCUUUUUAAUUUUUCUCUUGUUUUCUUUGUUCUUUUUUUAUGCCCCAUACCGUAUCAGGAAGUAUUUAUUGUAAAUAUUACAAACUGCGUCGGGUACAUUUGACACCACAGAAAAUACCAUAAACUGCCGCUUAUAAACCCUGGGCUUUUACAACUUUCGUAAGGGCUUAUAAACGGAGGGGCUUAUAUCCGAGGGGGCUUAUAACCGGAAUAAAACAACUGUUCCCAAACAAGCCAUAGCUUCUCCUGUUAAUCGAAAUAGGUUCUUCAUUUACUGGUAAUUAAGCUAUAAAACAUUAGAAUAAAACCAAGAAAGCGAGAGGGGGUCCUAUCCGGGGGGGGGGGUAUAACCGGAUGCAUUAUUCGGUUUACAGGUAGGUAGAUCUAAAACCGGGCGGGCUUAUAAGUGGCAAUUUACGGUAGGUUUAAAGUAAGGUUAGUAUAACUGUCAAUAAAAACUCGAAGAUUGUCAAGAUAAUGUAAGAACGUGCGGACACUGGGUUCCAUUAAAAAAAGGUCUGUUACGCCGAA